UGUGUGUGAGAGAGAGAGAGAGAAACAGGGUGCGUCUUUGGGACUGGACCCGAGCUGACUGCCAAAAUUCCGGGGGCCAAGAAGAAGGAUCGAGUGGUCUGGACCUCCAUUGAUUUAGGAGGGCAGUCCCCUAACAAACCUGCAACCAUGACUAAAAAGGACACGUACGACAUGUUUGAGAUGGAUGGAGAGAUGGACAAGAAGAAGAAGAAGAAGAAAAAGAUCAAUAAGAAGGAAAAAAUGGAGGGCAUGAAGAAAGAAAUGGAUAUUGACGACCAUGAGAUUACCAUUGAAGAACUAGAAUUGAGGUACAACACUAAUGUUACCAAGGGUUUGACCUCAGCCUUCGCCGCCCAAGUCUUGGAGAGAGAUGGCCCGAAUGAAUUGAAGCCUCCCAAAGGAACUCCAGAGUAUGUGAAGUUUGCCAGGCAGCUGGCUGGAGGGCUGCAGUGUCUGAUGUGGGUCGCAGCUUGCAUCUGCUUCAUCGCCUUUGGAAUUGAACUUGCAAGAGGCAACGUCACCUGCUUUGACAAUCUGUACCUGGCCAUCACUCUCAUUGCUGUCGUCGUUGUAACUGGUUGCUUUGGUUACUACCAAGAAUUCAAGAGUACCAACAUCAUUGCCAGCUUCAAGAAUCUGGUGCCUCAGCAAGCCAUUGUGAUCCGUGAUGGCCAGAAAAACCAGAUCAACGCCCACCAGUUGGUGGUGGGCGAUUUGGUGGAGAUCAAAGGAGGAGACGGAAUCCCUGCUGACAUUCGCAUCAUCACUAGUCAGGCCUGCAAGGUGGACAACUCAUCUUUGACAGGCGAGUCUGAACCACAAACCAGGACUCCAGAAUGUACUCAUGAGAAUCCACUCGAGACUAGAAACAUCGCUUUCUUCUCUACAACUUGUAUGGAAGGUAUAGCUACUGGCAUGAUCAUCAACACUGGUGAUCGUACCAUCAUUGGUCGAAUUGCCACCUUGGCGAGUGGCGUCGGCAACGAAAAGACACCCAUUGCCAUAGAAAUCGAACAUUUUGUUGACAUCAUCGCCGGUCUUGCCAUCUUUUUCGGGUUUACCUUCUUUGUGGUUGCCAUGUUCAUCGGAUAUGCCUUCCUGGAAGCCAUGAUCUUCUUCAUGGCUAUCGUGGUGGCUUAUGUGCCAGAGGGGCUACUUGCUACAGUUACUGUGUGUCUGUCUCUGACUGCUAAACGACUUGCCAGGAAGAACUGUGUUGUGAAGAACCUGGAGGCCGUGGAAACAUUGGGCUCCACUUCGGUGAUCUGUUCUGAUAAGACGGGUACCCUGACCCAGAACAGGAUGACUGUAGCUCACCUUUGGUUCGACAACCACAUCCACGCUGCUGACACCACUGAAGACCAGUCAGGGAAGAGUUUUGACCAGUCAUCUGAAACAUGGCGUUCAUUGGCAAGGGUGGCUUCCCUGUGCAACAGAGCCACAUUCAGACCUGAUCAGGAAGGUGUACCUAUUCCUAAGAGGCUCGUGGUAGGAGAUGCAUCAGAGACUGCUCUGCUGAAGUUCACCGAGCUCACAGUAGGAAACAUCGUCGACUACCGUGAACGCUUCAAGAAAGCAGUGGAAUUGCCCUUCAACUCCACCAACAAGUUCCAGGUAUCUAUCCAUGAACUGGAUGAUCCUCUGGACCUUCGCUACCUGUUGGUGAUGAAAGGAGCACCAGAACGUAUCUUGGAGCGCUGCUCCACCAUUCUGAUAAAAGGACAGGAGCUGCCUCUUGAUGAACAGUGGAGUGAAGCCUUUCAGACAGCUUAUAUGGACCUGGGAGGAUUGGGAGAGCGAGUGCUGGGUUUCUGUCAUCUCCAUCUAAAUGAGAAGGAGUAUCCUCGUGGCUGUCCAUUUGACCCCGAUGAGAUGAACUUCCCCACGUCAGGAUUGUGCUUUGCUGGCCUCAUCUCAAUGAUUGACCCCCCAAGAGCCACUGUACCUGAUGCAGUGAUGAAAUGUCGUACUGCUGGCAUCAGGGUUGUCAUGGUGACUGGGGACCAUCCAAUUACAGCAAGGGCCAUAGCCGCUAACGUUGGUAUCAUCACAGAAGGCAGUGAAACAGUGGAAGACAUUGCGCAGAGGAAGCGUAUUCCUGUUGAACAAGUCAACAAGAGGGACGCCCGAGCUUGUGUGAUCAGCGGUGGUCAGCUGAAAGACAUGAGCAGUGACGAGCUGGAUGAAGCACUGCGAAGCCAUCCUGAGAUGGUGUUUGCGAGAACAUCUCCUCAGCAGAAACUGAUUAUUGUGGAGAGUUGUCAACGUCUGGGAUCUAUUGUCGCAGUGACAGGGGAUGGUGUCAAUGACUCUCCGGCUCUUAAGAAAGCUGAUAUUGGUGUCGCCAUGGGGAUCGCCGGAUCAGACGCCGCUAAGAACGCUGCAGACAUGAUCCUGUUGGACGACAACUUUGCUUCUAUUGUCACUGGAGUGGAGCAGGGUCGUCUCAUCUUUGACAACUUGAAGAAGUCUAUUGCCUACACGCUCACCAAGAACAUUCCUGAGCUGACUCCAUAUCUGAUCUACAUCACCGUCAGUGUGCCUCUUCCUCUGGGCUGCAUCACUAUUCUGUUCAUCGAACUGGCCACUGACAUUUAUCCCUCUGUCUCUCUGGCUUAUGAGAAAGCAGAGAGUGACAUCAUGAACCUGAAGCCCAGGAACCCCCGUCAACAUCGUCUGGUAAACGAAGCCCUGGCCGUGUACUCAUACUUCCAAAUCGGAGCCAUCCAGUCUUAUGCAGGUUUUACAGAUUAUUUCGCAGCCAUGGCCCAGGAGGGCUGGUUUCCGCUCUUGUGUGUCGGCUUGCGUCCUCAGUGGGAGGAUGUUCAUCUUCAAGACUUACAGGACAGCUAUGGACAAGAAUGGACCUUCAGUCAGAGGUUGUACCAGCAGUAUACGUGCUACACUGUAUUUUUUGUCAGCAUAGAGAUUUGUCAGAUCUCAGAUGUGCUGAUCAGGAAAACUCGACGUCUCUCUGUGUUCCAGCAAGGCUUCUUCAGGAACCGUGUCCUGGUUUCUGCCAUUGUCUUCCAGCUCCUUCUGGGUAAUCUGCUUUGUUACUGCCCGGGAAUGCCCAAUAUCUUCAAUUUCAUGCCUAUCAGAGUCCAGUGGUGGUUUGUACCUGUUCCAUAUGGUAUUUUAAUCUUUGUUUAUGAUGAGAUCAGGAAAUUAGGAGUCAGAAGAUUUCCAGGAAGUUGGUGGGAUCAGGAAUUAUACUACUGAGACCAGAGGGGCUCUUUCUGUCAUUCAGACAUCCAUCUGCAUGAAAGCACUCAAGAACAUCCUCAGUUC